AUGGCCGCCAACAAGCAAAACGACGUGGCCUUUACCGUUCAAAGAUGGGCCCAGGAAAUCCGGAACAACAACGAAAUCCGCGCUGAAGUCAAGCUGCCGGGUCGGAUCAACGAGCUGGCUAUAUCACACGGCAACUUUAGCAACUCAGGUUCCAGCAUCACCCACACUGAGUACCUUCACCUCCGCACGAUCUGGUACCGGUAUAACUGUGACAAUCAUAUUGACGACUUUGCGGAUUUGUACCGAGACAAUGACCAAACGGGUUACAAGGGAUUCGUAUCCCCUCACAACGACCAACUUGCGCGGGAGUUGGUUUCAAAGUCAAACAGGUCCUCGUACCUGACUGCGUACUUGAACGAGGGCCUGAGAGAUGUUGGCGCCCCAUCUUACCUACAUCCUUCACCCGAAUGCGGGUAUUUCAGCAUGGUCCGGUACUGGCAGGUCAUGGCUACCACGCACACCAAGGGCAGUGGAAUGGAUGGCCCGAAAACCGACAAAUCCCAAGCCGAGAAGGAGGAUGCAAGAGGCCGACCGACAACGCCCGUCGAGCAACAAGGUUCCGGUGGGCCGUCAACCGUGGCUACACCUCCCCGCCAGAUUCUGCCCCCUCCUAAUACCCCCUCAGACUUCCGGACGCCGGCGGCAGUGUCGCAUCCAGCCGCCAAGGGAGGCGCCGACAACCCUCCAUCCGCCGACGAGUCGUAUGUGAAUGUUGCCCUGCUCCUGCUGCUGCAGGCAAUCGCACAGGAGUUUCAUAAGCAUUUCUCUGAUUUGCACUGGGUCCCACCCCGCCUGGCCUUGCACCUGAAAGUCCCCGUUUUCAACCCUGCCACACACACGGUCGACAACAAGUUGUUGCUGGAGGCACGGGUGGAUGGUUACUUGUGUCGCGGAAAAGCUGGACCCAGUUGGGAAAAGCCCAUGGCCAUUUGCGAGGCCAAGUCGGGCACGAGGAGGUCGAUCCAAAUCUCCACUGAGAGACAGGAAGCCGCUGAGAUGGCCGCCUGGAUUUGCAGCCACCCACUCAACGAAGGCCUUUUGCAGAACUCGAACAGCGGGAAGAAGCGACGACUGAUGAUUUCUCAAAACCUGAAUGAGAUUUAUAUCAUCAUCGGGGAGUAUGGACCCAGCUAUGAGCAGUACAUCCGCAACGCUCCGUGGAGGUGCACGGCCCCGAAGGAGACCAUCGCAAAACCGGCGCCCCUGCAACACACCCAAGCCAGGUUAGCACGCGACUUCGAAGAAACGCUCGGUUCUCCCACGUUCCUGAAGCAGCUUGCCCAGCAAGGCAUCGUCGAUAUUCAAGGAUGGGAUAAGAAGGUUGUGGGAAACGCCAUGGGUAGGGUGAAAGCCACACUUACAUCUCGCAACGGCGGUCCUGGAGGCCCUGGUGGCAACGGAAGCGACUCGGGCAAUUCUGGCCAGGCGCCUGUUAUGCACCGCUUUGGUCCCUGGAGAACCGACGACCCUGAAAACAUGAGCAAUUUCAUUCGUCGCCUUCUGGGCUUCAUGCUGGAGCUAUACGGUAACAGGGCGGCCUCACCUCCAAACAGCCGCAGCGCGUCGACCACCGGUCAUCACGGCCCGUUGGUCAUAGGCACCCGCCGCCCAUCGACCACGGGCUACCGCGGGCCGGCGGCCACUAGUGACCGCCCCGCGUCAACCACCGGUAGUCGUGCCCCGUCCGCCACUGGUGAUCGCGCCACGGGCAGUCGUGCCCCGUCGGCUACCGGUGAUCGCGCCACUGGCAGUCGUGCCCCGUCCGCCACCGGCCGCUCCUCAUCCACGACGAGCAACCAGGCUCCAUCGGCCAGCCAGAAUGGUGCCACUGGUAGUCGUGCCCCGUCGACUACCGGUCAGCGCACCUCGUCUGCCACCGGACACCGCUCCACGUCGGCAACAGCUAGUCGUGCGUCUUCGACCACCAGUGGUAGUCGUGCCUCGUCGGUCACGGGCGAUCGCGGCCGACCCCAGUAA